UUUAAAAUGUACAGUAGAAAUUAUUGAUAAGCCAGUGCCUUAUAAGACCCAGUCGAUAGGGACUGUUAGUCAGUGCUAUUUUGUUUACCCGUUCGCAAUGAACAGUAUCCGUGCCUUCGCUUUCGCCCUUUGUGUUGCGUCAGCUUUUCUGCCUUCUAUAGCCGUUGAGACGUAUGAAAGUUGUACCAGACAAGAUGGACUUUCUGGACAUUGUAAGCCCUUAAGAAAUUGUCCUAAGAUUUUUGAAAUGAUCCGGCGCAAGCCACAUACGAUCGUUGAAUCAAACUACUUAAGGAAUUCAAAAUGUCCUAUAAAUAGAAGGUAUGUCUGCUGCGAAGAAGAGGAGAGUGCGGGCAUGGCACUAUUAAAGGAACAGGACUGUGGAUACUUUGGUGGAACAUUAAAGACAAUCGGCGGAACCGAAGUUAAAUUAAUGUCAAGACCUUGGAUGGCUCUACUUAUGUUUAUAUAUAACGGGACUGAGGAAUUUAAUUGUGCUGGCACCCUAAUAACAAAUCGCUUUGUACUAACCGCCGCGCAUUGUUUCAAUCGGCAAGAAUUAAUGUUUGUGCGUUUGGGGGAACACAAAAUAUCCAAUACAACAGACUGCGCUUGGGUGAAAUCAAGACUUAUAUGCGCGCCGCCAGUUGAGGAUAUAUCGUUUGAAAAGAUCAUUGUGCACGAGGAUUACUCGCAACAAUCUAAACACAAUGACAUUGCAUUGGUAAAGCUAUCAAGAGACGUGGAGUUCAAACGACAUAUUAGGCCCAUCUGCUUGCCUGUGAAUGCAACACUCCAACAACAACCGGAAGAAAUGGAAGAGUUCCAUGUAACUGGUUGGGGCAAAACCGAAAAGGAACUCGUUUCUGAUGAUCCUAAGGAAACCGCUAUCCUAAAAAAGCAACGCGACGUUUGCCAAAAAUUCUUUGUAUCAGAAGUGAGGAAAUCCCAAUUAUGUGCUGGUAACCUUGGCAAAGACUCCUGUAAUGGCGACUCUGGCGGUCCUUUAUUAUACUUGAGCGAAUAUAACGAGAAUCAAAGGUACGUGCAGUUCGGUAUAGUUAGCUACGGCUCGAUUGAUUGCGGUAAUGAGUAUCCCGGGGUGUAUACAAAUGUUGGCAGCUAUAUGCGCUGGAUAGCCGAUAAAAUAAUCUCCAAUUAGUUGGCGGCUUGAUGUGGAUAUCGAAUAUAUAUAUAUAUAUGUAUGGAAAUAAAUUUAUUAUGCCUAUA